AGUUUUUUUUUUGUUGAUGCUGUAAUCAUGGCGAUGGAAGCAUCCAAGCGGGUGUCGUUGUGGUCGGUGAAGGAUGUGCUGGACUGGAUUGAAAAGUGCUAUCCCAGCUUAGUGGGCGUGCUCCAGAAGGCCGUGAUGAAACAUGCCAUCUCAGGUCGCGCACUGCUGAGGCUGCGGGAACACCACCUGCAACUCCUGGGAGUGGAAUCGGAGGAGCAACAGCAGGAGAUGUUGCAGGAUCUUCUUCUCCUCAGAGUGCAGGAGGAGCUGGGAGAACUGGACGACAUCUGCUCAGAAUGUUUCCCGGCAUAACAGGCGUUCAUUUUUAAUUCUGCUUCCGACUCAUUCUAUCCAUCAUCCAUCCAUCCACCGACUGACGAGGUGGGGGUGAUCUUAGAAGACGAAUCGAUGACGAGGGGGAAAAGUCAUUUCCUGUACGAAACGUGACAACAAUCUGCCAUAACUUCCAAAUCUUCACAUGAAAAAUGUACAGAGAUUGAGAUGACAUCUACCGCAACAUUAGCAAGAAGCUGCAGAGAUUUUUGGCAAGUACUGGCUAUAUCUUCUUAUAUUGUUUAAAAUAAGUUGAAGGUAUUUUUAGGACCACCCAAAGUGAAUUUGUCUCGUUGUCGAUGCUAAAUGGAUUGUGUACCUAAUGUAGUGGCACAACACAGACACUGAUGAAGCCUUGAAAAAAGUUGCCACAAGAGGGCGACAUUUAACUGACAAAGUCUAUUUAACUCACAUUUUAAGCGUAAACUGGGAGCAGUCCAAAGUUCAAUCAGAGCUUAAUGGAUGACCCCAUAAAGGUAAUGAAAAAUUCUUUCAGGAAAAUUAUCUAGCAAAACGUCACCUGCAGCAAAUUUUAGAAAAUGUCUCAUUCUUGACAAAUUGUUUCAUUAUUAACAUUAAGAUUGCUACUUUGAUCAUCAGAGAAGUUAAGCCACGCUAACCUACCCAUAAAUUCACACAUUUCAUAACGGACUUUGCUGCGCAGGGCCGUGGUGUAUUUAUAUAUAUAUAUAUAAAUUAAAAAAAAAAAAAAAGUUCCUCACUGAACGGUGCAAAUUCACGAGCAUCGCACCUCCUUGCUCACGUGCUUGGGGGUGGGUGGUUGUUCUUGGUUGCUGCUCUGAUCCAAAAGAAGACUCGCAUUCAGGCGGGCAUGUGCGCGCGCGUCUCCAUUCCUCGAGGCAAUCCGCUCCGCCUGUCAAUCAAGGCAGGACCGUGAAGUGGAUGCGGUAACUGGAUUCUCCGGAUUCCGACGAGGAUGAGGACUCUGUUCCCCCUAAAAGUGACAAAUUAGAAUUUUGUUUGCUCUGGGAUGGAAGCGUGUGGACGGAUGCGGGAUGAGGAGGCGGUGACGGUGCCGGCGGCGCGGACGCGCGUCCCGUUUUGUUUCGUCUUCCACGGAUGAGAAAGAAGCAAAAAGUUUGCCAGCCGGAUGGAGGAGCGACGGCGUGUCGUCGUCGUCGUGGUGGUGGCGACGGCGUCGGCGUGCGUGUGUGAACUUGCGCGUGCACGUUAAUUGCUGCUUCGUUAGCUGCGCGCGUGCGUGCACGGCAGCGGAGGAAUGCACGCGCCGGCUGCGGGGUCGACAGCAGCAGCAUCCAACCUUGCCGGGACUACAGGUGUUCCCUAGUACAGUGACUCCACAUCCCAGAAUGCCAAGGUGUGGCUAAGGCGACAUCCUAGUGAGUCCACCUGACCUGCCCGACUCCUCUGUCCCCUUUCCAUCCUCCUCCUCCUGAUCCCACCCUCCACCCCACCGCCUCACAGCACACAUGCAGGCCAAGAAGCGGUACCUGCUCGUGUCUGUGGGGGUCGCUCUUCUCUUCCUGGUCUACCUGUGGGCUCUGCAAAUCGGCGACUUUGAGCAGCAAGAGCAGCGGCACCACCACCGCCGCCACCAAUUGCCCCAGUACCCCGACUACUACCAGCACCAGUCGUACAGCCUGAGCCAGGAAGCGGACCGGGCCCGGCCCAGAGCGCCACUGCCUCGUAGGGGCCUGUCCAAACAGCCAGCACGCUGGACCGAGUUGAACCAGUUGCUGGCGCCCUACCUUGAGGGAGGAGAGCAGGAGGAGGACGGUCCCCAGGUGCACCACCAGCACAGCUCGCCAAGAGAGCGGCGCUCGGUGCGUGACAACCUCUACAAGAACAAACGCUGCCGCAUGGAAACCUGCUUCGACUUUGCCCGCUGUCAGCCGCACUUUGGCGUCUACAUUUACCCGCCGCAAAGAGGCGAUGAGAUUUCCCCCACCUACCGUAAGAUCCUCUCCUCCAUCCAGGAGUCUCGCUUCCACACGGAGGACCCCGUGAAGGCCUGCCUGUUCGUCCUGGCUGUGGACACCCUGGACAGGGACCGUCUGUCGCCCCAGUUUGUCCAAAACGCCAGGACGCGGAUUCAGAGUUUGCCCACGUGGAACGACGGCAGGAACCACUUGAUUUUUAACCUCUACUCCGGCACCUGGCCGGACUACACGGAGGAUCUGGGCUUUGAGGUGGGCCAGGCCAUGUUGGCCAAGGCCAGCGCCAACGUGGCCAACUUUCGACCCAACUUUGAUAUCUCCAUCCCCUUGUUCUCGAAAGACCACCCACUUAAAGCAGGGGGCACGGGCGGCGCUGACGGCGCCUCGGCCCGAGACUCGCCGACCUCGUCCUCCAGGCGCUACCUGCUGGUCUUCAAAGGCAAGCGCUAUCUAACAGGGAUCGGAUCGGAGACCAGAAACGCUUUGUAUCACAUCCACAACGGCGACGACAUUGUCCUGCUGACCACCUGCAAGCACGGCAAGGACUGGGAGAAGCACAAAGACUCCCGCUGCGACCACGACAACCAAGAAUACGCAAAGUUCGACUACCAGGAGCUGCUCCACAACUCCACCUUCUGCCUGGUACCGCGGGGUCGACGCCUCGGUUCCUUUCGCUUCUUGGAGGCGCUGCAGGCGGCAUGCAUCCCCGUCAUUCUGAGCAACGGCUGGGAGCUCCCCUUCUCCGAGGUCAUCGACUGGAGGAAGGCGGCCGUGCUCGGCGACGAGAGGCUCCUGCUGCAGGUUCCGUCCAUGACUCGCUCCGUAGGCCGUGACAGGAUCCUGGUUCUCCGCCAGCAGAGUCAGUUCCUGUGGGACGCCUACUUCUCGUCUGUAGCCAAGAUCGUCCUCACCGCUCUGGAGAUCAUCCGAGACCGCGUGGACUCUGUCGUGUCCCGCAACCGUCUGAUGUGGAACUCCCUGCCCGGUGGUCUCUAUGCACUCCCCCAGUACUCCACCGACCCCGCACGCUUCCCCUUUUAUUACUCUUUGCUGGGUAAAAGCCCCCCGCCACAGUUCACCGGCGUGAUCCACACAGUGAGUCCGCUGCAGUCGCACCCGUCUCCCGUAGUCAAGCUCAUCAUCGCUGUGGCCAAGUCCAAAUUCUGUGCACAGAUUGUUGUUCUAUGGAACAGCGACAACCCUUUACCUCCCAGGGACAAGUGGCCCUCCACCAGCGUGCCUCUCGCCGUCAUCCAAGGACAGAGCAAGACGAUGAGUAGUCGUUUUUACCCGCACGACGUUAUCGUCACCGACGCCAUCCUCAGUCUGGACGAAGACUCGGUUCUCUCCACCAAUGAGGUGGAUUUCGCCUUCAUCGUGUGGCAAAGUUUUCCGGAGCGUAUCGUGGGUUAUCCCGCUCGGAGCCACUACUGGGACGGAUCGCGCUCCUGUUGGGGCUACACGUCCAAAUGGACCAACGACUACUCCAUGGUGCUCACCGGGGCUGCCUUCUACCACAGGUACUACCACUAUCUGUUCAGCAGCUACGUGCCCAGCAGCCUGCUAAGUAUGGUGGACCACAUGGCCAACUGCGAAGACAUCCUGAUGAACUUCCUGGUUUCGGCCGUCACCAAGCAAGCGCCCGUCAAGGUCACGCAGAAGAAGCAGUACAAGGAGACCAUGAUGAGCCAGGGCUCCAAGUCGUCCCGGUGGGCCGACCCGGACCACUUUGCCGAGCGUCAGACGUGCGUGAACACCUUCAGUCGCUGGCUGGGCUUCAUGCCUCUGCUGCACUCGCAGAUGAGGCUGGACCCGUUACUCUUCCGGGACCAGGUGUCCAUGCUGCGCAAGAAGUACCGUGACAUCGAGAGGCUGUGAACCUCGUGGACGCUAGGCCAAGGCAGGAGGUACGCUCGCGCCGGCCGGCCGGACGGCAAAACGGACCGCAUGAACGCAAGCUUUCCUCUCCCCGUAAUCCAAAAAGAGCAAAGGAAGCGCAAUCGUAUGAACUCUGGCGCCGUCGAUGCGAUGGACAAUGUUGCUCUUGUAGAUUUACGCCGGCGGUUCGUGUCUGUAUGAAGCAAAUAAAAUCGAUGUAUGCUA